UCAGAGAUCAGCAAAACAUGUCUGCUAACUUGCUUACCCUGCUUGGAAACAUCACACUCGAUGCUGGCGGGUGUCCGCAUCCCUUCAUCAGCGAGAGCUUGUAUCCCUACACCGAAGGCUACCUCGGCGNGCCGCAACUGCGCAAAGAACCCCCUCGAUACCACCGGCCAUGGAUCUAAAUGCUGUGUGCCCUGUCCCCUCUCUGACUGGGUAAACUCGUCUAGCUUCCCUGGUCUCACAGAUGGCGCGGCAUGGGUCAACGUUGUCGGCUUCAUCCUCUGCGGCUUCCUCCUUCUGUCCUAUUUGGUUUUACCAGCAGCAGCAACACGCCGCUCAUUCUUGAAUAUUGCUCUACUGGCUGGCAUCAUGAUUAUGGAGUUGGGAUUUAUCGUGCCACUCGCUCAAAAACCAGAACAAUGUUUCGAUCCGGUGACGCCGAACGAUAUCCACAGCAGUACUUCUUGUGCGGCUACAGGCGGCAUAGUGGUGUUCGGGGGUAUGUUGACGGUAUGUUGGAUCGUGGUGCGCUCGGUAUUCAUGCACCUCCAGAUUUGUUGGGACAUAGUACCAGGCCGUGUCGCCAUGAUCGCAGCAAACAUAGCAGCUUGGUCGGUUACUAUCGCGUUGACUGCAGCAGUGCUGGCGAAAGUGGGAGUCUCGUACCGCUUUGGGGGUUACUGCCAUGUCAAUGUGGGCUCGACGUCGACGUACUGGGGCUGGAUGAUUGGGUUUGGCGCAUUGGCUUUGCUGCUCCAAAUUGCUACGUUUGUGUAUUGCGCAAAGGUGUAUUUGACAGCAGCUAUGCAUGGACGAGCACCCCCUUCCAGCAGCAACGCGGCCACCUCUGUCAAAUCCGCGAGCAGCAAACGGCAAGCCUGGACUGCUGUGCGUCGACUCAAGCAAGUGUUACUGCUUCAAUGGCGCUCGUUGGCUAUAGUCGCCCUAGCCAUUUUCGUCAUUGCGUUUGUGUGUAUCGUGUUUAUUUUCAAAGUGGAUGCGUACACGACCAGCACUUUUGACGACACGAGCAAAGUCAUUCCUUGGGUGCUUUGUAUUCUACAACAACGCGAUACGGACAAAUGUCUUCCCGACAUCCAGAAACUGAUCCUGCCUCAGUCCAUGGCUGUGGCUGUUUUGUACGUUAUUGCUUUUGUGGGAGUGGAGGCAUUUAUCUUGUUGUUCAAGUUCGAGAUCUUCAGGGCGUGGUGGAGGUUCCUCAAGUCGCCGUUUGAUGGAAGGAGGAAUAGCAGUACUUCGUCGCAGAACCCGAGUUGGUUGGAGAGACCGCCGAGAUUUGCAAUCGAUAGGGGGAGUAUGGUUGCAGUGGAUACGCCGGAGGGAGCAGAGACUGGGAACACGGUCAGAAGGAGAAGUUCGGCUGCCAGCGAAAGCAGCAGCGAGCACGAGUACGAGCACUCUGAACUGAGACACCAAGAGAUGGAGAAACAAAACCAUCAUAUUUAG